CUUCGGACUCGACGAUCUCCAUUUUGUGAGACUUUGUGAAGGCGAGUCCAGCGUCCCCGAGGAAAGGCAAAACCCAGAUACGACAAAUAAAAGUCACAGUUAGCCGACGAACCGCUCGCUAACCAAGUUAUUAUCCGAAAGGAAAGCAAAUCUUAUCGUAUGUCCGCUAUCCAGAACCUCCAAACUUUUGACCCCUUUGCUGAUGCAACUAAGGGUGAUGACCGCCUCCCAGCCGGGACAGAGGACUACAUCCACAUAAGAAUCCAACAGCGGAACGGCAGGAAGACCCUCACAACUGUCCAGGGCAUUGCCACCGACUAUGACAAGAAGAAGCUAGUCAAGGCCUUCAAGAAGAAGUUUGCCUGCAAUGGGACAGUGAUUGAGCACCCAGAGUAUGGUGAAGUGAUCCAGCUUCAGGGAGACCAGCGCAAGAAUAUCUGCCAGUUCCUCAUUGAGAUUGACCUGGCCAAGGAGGAGCAGCUCAAAGUCCACGGCUUCUAGAAGCUGCUAGCAGCCCUCUCCCCUUCUCUCCUGGAAGGCCAUCAAACUCCCCCCACCCCUCCCAUCUCCCCCCCCACACUCUCCUCCCAUCCUCCUAUGUGCUGCUGUUGCUCUUCCUCCCCCCUCUCCCCCCUCGCAGCCCCACCAGCUCCUAUUAGCUAACACGUGAAUUACCUCUGACAAACAUGGGACUCUGUAACACCACCGCCCCCCUACAACACCAGGGGGCAGGCUCGCUCUCACAAAGACACACCACUGCAGCUCCACACAACAUCAGGGAUGAGUGGUGAUGACCCUCCCACACACUUCCUCCUUCCUCCCCCCUCCCCCUUGUUUAUUUCCUUUUUUAAUUUUUUCUUUUUAGGUCUCGUGCCACAAUAAAAAGGAGGCACCGUUUCAUGUAACUUUUUUGUUUUGUACUUCAAGGUGUUUCAAUAAAACAAUGAGUCUCCAGA